GGAAGCCUCUGGCCCUCCCAAAGGUGAAGCCAAAACAAAGACUUUGAAGGCCAAGAAAGCGGUGCUGAAAGGCAUUCACGGUCAGGAAAAAAAGAUGACUUGCACGUCACCUACUUUCUGAUGGCCCACGACACUGCAUCUCCAAAGGCAGCCCAAAUAGCCUCAAAAGAGUACCCCCAAGAGAAACAGGCUUGAUCACCAUGCCAUCAUCCAGCUCCUCUGCCACCCCAACUACUGAUUCAGCCGCGAAGAAGACAGAAGAGAGCAACACACUUGUGUUCAUUGUGAAUGUCAAGGACAACCACCACCAGAUCGAACAGGCUAGGAAGAAGCUCUAUGACAUUGUUGUGGCCAAGGUCCACACCCUGAUCAGGCCUGAUGGAGAGAAGAAGGCAUAUGUUCAAUUGGCUCCUGACUAUGAUGCUUUGGAUGUUGCCAACAAAACUGGGAUCAUCUAAACCGAGCCCAGCUGGCUAAACCUAUAUAAGUUUUAUUCACAAACACCAACAACAAAAAACAAAUAAAGGUGUUAUCAACAUUUGUGUACCAAUUUUAUGUAGGUGUAAGUUUUCCUUUCUCUAGUAGAACGUCCUAGCAGCGAGAUAUCUGGGUGGUAUAGUAAGCUGUAUGUAAGAAACUGUUUUCUGGGGCACCUGGGUGGCUCACUGGAAUAAAGCCUCUGCCUUUGGCUUAGGUCAUGAUCCUGGGAUCCAGCGGCAUGGGGCUC